CAAGUUUUGGAUCCUGUUUCGCACGAUGUUUUCUCUUUUGCGUCAUGGCGGCCAACGUGUCGGACCAAGUGGAAGCGAUGAGUUUAGGCGACCAUGAAAAGGUGGCUGCGAAAGCAGAUUCAAAGGCUCCAGUCACAGAGCUGAAGCCAUGGCCAGCGUUCAUUGAGGAACGAAUCCGUCUGUGGGAUGAACUAAAAGCACGUCAUGAACAAGAGCUAGCAGCUAAGACCAGUGUCCCCAUCACGGUAACGCUACCCGACGGAAAGCAAGUGCCUGCGGAGUCGUGGAAGACCACCCCGUACCAGGUGGCUGCUGGCAUCAGCAAGGGGCUCGCUGACAAUGUUGUCAUUGCGAAGGUAAACAAGGUUCUUUGGGAUCUGGAUCGUCCCCUUGAAGAAGACUGCACCUUGGAGCUGUUAAAGUUUGACGACAAAGAGGGUGAGCAGGUGUUCUGGCACUCCAGUGCACACAUUCUUGGAGAAGCACUGGAAAGGCUUUAUGGAGGCUGCCUCUGCUAUGGACCACCCAUCGAGGGAGGCUUCUACUACGACAUGCACUUGAAUGAAGGGGGCGUGUCGGCUGUGGACCACCCUUCGAUUGAGACGCUCAUGCGCAACAUUGUCAAGGAGCGUCAGCCCUUUGAGCGGUUGGAGCUGGCCAAGGAAGACUUGCUGCGCAUGUUUGAGUACAACCCGUUCAAGGUGCGCAUCCUGAAAGAGAAGGUGCAGACGCCCACCACAACUGUGUACAGGUGUGGGCCCCUGAUUGAUCUUUGCAGAGGACCUCAUGUGCGCCACACAGGCAAAGUCAAGGCACUUCAGGUCACAAAGAAUUCGUCAGCAUAUUGGGAAGGCAAGGCAGAUGCAGAGUGCCUACAGCGAGUGUACGGCAUCUCUUUUCCCGACACCAAGCAGCUUAAGGAGUGGCAGCGUUUCCAGGAAGAAGCUGCCAAGCGAGACCAUCGCAAGAUUGGCCGGGAACAAGAGCUCUUCUUCUUCCAUGAGUUAAGCCCUGGUAGUUGCUUCUUCUUGCCCAAUGGAGCACACAUCUACAACACCCUUGUUGAUCUGAUCAAGUCGGAGUACCGAAAACGAGGAUUUCAGGAAGUUGUCAGUCCGAAUAUCUAUAACAGUAAGCUCUGGCAGACAUCUGGACACUGGCAGCACUAUCAGGACAACAUGUUCUCUUUUGAUGUUGAGAAGGAGAAAUUUGCCUUGAAACCAAUGAACUGCCCAGGACACUGUCUGAUGUUUGAUGUGCGUCCACGUUCAUGGCGAGAAUUGCCUCUGCGAAUGGCCGACUUUGGUGUGCUGCAUCGCAACGAACUUUCUGGGGCCCUGACAGGUCUCAUAAGAGUGCGGCGUUUCCAACAAGAUGAUGCGCAUAUCUUCUGUGCACCCCAACAGAUAGUCACAGAAAUGAAGGGGGCAUUGGACUUCCUCAAGCACAUUUACUCCAUCUUUGGCUUCACAUUUGAGCUCAAGCUGUCCACGAGGCCAGAGAAGUACUUGGGAGACAUUGAAGUCUGGAAUGAUGCCGAAAAGCAACUAGAGCAGUCUCUCAACGAGUUUGGUUAUCCUUGGACGCUAAACCCUGGCGAUGGAGCAUUUUAUGGUCCCAAGAUUGACAUUACCAUCAUGGAUGCUUUGCGGCGGCAACACCAGUGCGCCACCAUCCAGCUUGAUUUCCAGUUGCCGAUCCGGUUUAACCUGAACUACAUUAGUGAAAGUGGAGAGAAGAUGCGCCCAGUCAUCAUUCAUCGGGCCAUCCUGGGCUCCGUAGAGCGCAUGAUCGCUAUACUCACUGAGAACUUUGCUGGGAAGUGGCCUUUCUGGCUCUCGCCGCGCCAGGUCAACUUGGUGCCAGUAGGCUCGACUUAUGAUGACUACGCACUAAAAGUGAGAGACCAGCUGCGCGAGGCUGGUUUCCGUUGCGAUGCUGACCUUGACCCUGGCUGUACGCUCAACAAGAAGAUUCGCAAUGCCCAGCUUGAUCAAUACAACUUCAUCUUAGUUGUUGGUGAUAAAGAGAAGACAUCUGGAACUGUGAACGUCCGCACACGCGAUAACAAGGUGCAUGGAGAAUUCUCCUUGGACGAUCUUGUGGAACGCCUGAACCGCCUCAAGAGGGAAUUUCUCCCCGACGACAAGUUCUGAAUGACUCUUAUCAGUGGCAUUAAAUGCAUACUUUGCUGCGAACAAAGCAGCACAGUCUGUUUGACAUUUCAAACCAGGACAGAAGUGCUUUAUUUAUAAACUUGAAAGAUUGUAUAAUGGAAGCAGUCUCAGACCGGCAUGCUUUAUUCGUUUGCAGGAAAAACAAAACAGCUUGUUCAUUCUUUUCUUGUGGCGUUUGCAUAUUGUUUUGAAGAUUAAGCUAGCUCAAAGAGGAAACAAAUUAGGAAGAUGAAGUUCUGCUUUAUACAUGCUGCCGCAUGCUUUUAGCAAAGACACCUGCUUUUAUUCCUGUAAGGUCAGAGUAUUUAAAAGGCCCCCUCACUUUCGUGUAUUAAAUAUGGUGAUCUAAAAAAGAACGUUCUGUUGUUUUAGCCAAGGAAAGCAUGCACUAGUGGGUCAUGGUAUGGUGAUUCAGUACUGUCAGAUUGGAAAUGAAUAAAGGCCUGCAAUGACUUAACAUUUUCUAUAAAAUGUUCAAGGCAUUCGCAGUCUGAAGAUUUCGGUUAAUUUUACUCAAUAAUUAAAUGGUAGAACUGUUUAUGAAGUGCUGGAGAUGCACACAUGAGCAGCAGUGUCAAUAACAUGAUCUUGUGGUGUCAAGUACCUCUGGAGGAGACAAAACAGUUGAUUGCUAUGAUAAACUACUUGAACAUAGCACUCAUUGUUGCAUAGUGGUAUUCUAUUUCUCUGUGUUCCGGCAAGAACAGUUUUGCCCCAUGAAAGAUGUCUCAAGUUUCGUGGAAUCAUGAAUUACAUAAAAGACCAUCCACA